GGCUAUCUAUACAUUAACAAUACGUUUAAGGACCUGGUAAGCCUGUUUCGGAGUUGACAGAUUUUAGGUGUUCAGUUAAAGGCCACACCGACGGCUCUGUUCAAUCUGAUUAAACCUCCUUUAAUAAAUCAUUCCCUGGAUGUUGGAGGGAUCAAUGGCUGGCUAGCUGGGAUUCCGUCGGUCCCCAACCCCCACUGAUAAUUUAUCGAAAUGUGCUGCAAUCUGCCAGUAAAAGGACAGUGACUAUUCAAAUAGGGUGUACACGUUAGAAUGAAGGUUUUUUUUUAACCCUUAAACGCCCAAAAGACCCCCAAAAUGAGGUAACCUGCUUUAAAUCCGCACUGGCCUUACGAGAUUAAUACACAGGCGUGGACGCCCCCUCUGAUCUCCGAUACUGCUGCAUAAAUGACAGCGGCGUGCCAAGGUUCAGUUCUAAGAACGCUUAGCAACAAGUGACAAAGAAAUAAAAGGAGCCAUCGCCUAGCGACCGGGCUGGUGGGAGGAAUCGGAGCACGUGAGGGAGCGUCCAGACCCCGGCGCUGACAUCCAGACGAGGAUAUCCGCCGCUCGUGAACCCGGAACUGGAGCAGGAGCGCUGAGAGGCGAGGGCCAUGGCUAACUGCAUUGUGCUCGCGAGCCACUGCGUCUGUUAAAUGCCCCUUUCUCGGCCGCACGCCGCCUUGUUUUCGCUCGGCUGUUACCCCGGAGGGCACCGGCGGGGUCCUGCUACUACAUCUCGACUCGCUUUCUGCUUUCUGAAUGCUCCAGCUGCUGGCCGGCGCCUCCUUGGAUCUGCUACUGCUCCCGCUGUGAAAGGAAGCCGGUGUUUGGUGGGAUUAUCCCGGCUCCCCUUCGCGUCUCGAUGCCCGAACCAGGCCCCAGGAUGAACGGCUUCUCCUUGGGCGAGCUGUGCUGGCUUUUCUGCUGCCCGCCCUGUCCGAGCCGCAUCGCCGCCAAGCUCGCUUUCUUACCCCCUGAGCCCACGUAUUCGGUGCUGUGCGACGAGGCGAAUGGGACGGCCAGCCUGCAUCUGUCCGAGCGAGCCGACUGGCAGUACUCGCAGAGGGAGCUCGACGCCGUCGAGGUCUUCUACGCCCGCACGAGCCGCGGCAACCGCUUGGGCUGCAUGUUCGUGCGGUGCGCUCCCAGCUCCCGGUACACGCUGCUCUUCUCCCACGGUAACGCUGUAGAUUUGGGCCAGAUGUGCAGCUUCUAUAUCGGCCUCGGCUCCCGGAUCAACUGCAACGUCUUCUCGUACGACUACUCGGGCUACGGGGUGAGCUCAGGAAAGCCGUCUGAGAAGAAUCUCUACGCCGACAUCGACGCUGCUUGGCAGGCCCUGCGCACAAAGUAUAAGAUCAGCCCUGAGAACAUCAUACUGUAUGGACAAAGCAUUGGCACCGUCCCAACGGUUGACCUUGCCGCCCGCUAUGAAUGUGCAGCUGUUAUUCUUCAUUCUCCUCUCAUGUCGGGACUACGGGUGGCUUUCCCAGACACCAGGAAAACGUACUGUUUUGAUGCCUUUCCAAGCAUCGAUAAGAUCUCGAAGGUGGCCUCUCCAGUGCUGGUGAUCCACGGUACGGAAGAUGAAGUCAUCGAUUUCUCGCACGGACUGGCAAUGUAUGAGCGAUGUCCUCGAGCAGUGGAGCCCCUCUGGGUGGAGGGCGCGGGACACAAUGACAUAGAGCUCUAUGCACAGUACCUGGAAAGACUAAAACAGUUCAUAUCGUUUGAGCUGCCCAACUCCUGAAGAGUACGAUGGCGCAUGUGGUGACAGGCGACCUACUCUGUCAUGGAGGGAUGACCUGAUCAGUAUUUGCACAUUGGCUUAAUCUGAUUUUGCCUUCAUAGCCUCGAUCUGUGAAGGGCAUCCUCUGUAAUCCAAGGGUGAUCCUAAAAUGUGAUGACCACUUUUAUGUUUUGUACCCAGAAAACUCGGUUCUGAUAAUACACCUCAGGCACAACUGCUGCUUCUUCCUUUUGAUUUUCUUUUGUUGUUUUCUUGAAGGAUACCAGCUAAAUGUUAGCACUUAUUUAGGUGCCAUGUGAAUAGCAAUGCGGACUUUCCUUCUUUUUUUUUUU